ACCCCAGACCCGCCACGCAGAGUUAACUAAAGUCGCCCGCUUCCUGCCGCGUUCACUGGUCUCCACGGCAACGGGACGCCUGUCGAGACGCAAUUCGGGACCCCGACUCACCGGACCCCGACUGGUCGGAUACGCGGAGCUCUGCGCGUCUUGCUUGGGACCGCUUUCGCUCCAGAUCAUGGGAGGAGACGGCGCUCGAGCCACGCUUUCACUCGUGCACGUGCUCCUGCUCUUUACACCCGUAGGAGGUGCCGAAGGUCAGCGGGAGCCGCGCCACGAAGUGGAGGCGAACCAGGGGGAUGCGGUCAUUUUACCCUGUUACCCUGCGAGCGAGGACGGAGACGAGGUCGCGUACGUCGAGUGGUUUCUGAAGCCCCCGGAGAGGCGGCGAGUCGACGUCGCCCAGUUGGCCCCAGGACUGGGUCCCGCUUACCUGGACUCCCCCCUCAAAGGACGGGUGUCCUUCACGGAGGCCUCGCUGUCGGACAGCAGCAUCAUCAUCGCCGACGUGAAGAUGAGCGACGAGUGCGAGUACAUCUGCUCGUACCUGAACCUUCCCAGUGGUCUGUUUGUGAGGAUCGUCACGUCCCUCGUUGUGCUCGCCAAGCCCAUAAACACGGCUUCCCCGGUGACCGUGGCGGCGGGCGCGGCGCCCGUUGUGGUCGCUCGCUGCAACUCGACCAACGGGAAGCCGGCGGCGCAGAUCUCCUGGGCAACGGGGGUCGACGGCAACGCGACCGUCACGGAGACGCCGGGCACCGGGAGCACGAGGACGGUAACGAGCGAGCUGUGGCUCGUACCGACGGCUGCCGACAACGGCAGAGACGUCCGCUGUGUCGUAAGCCAUCGCGCUCAGGAGAAGCCCGAGACCAUUGACAUGUGGCUCUCCAUUGAGUACCCCCCACAGGUGACCAUUGCGGUCUAUGAUGACGAGUGGUACGUGGGCGGCGGCAACGCCCGGCUCGUCUGCCAGGCCGACGGGAACCCUCCCCCCUCCGCCGUGACGUGGACAGUACCCUCAGACCUGAUGCCCGGGACCGUGCGGGUCAAGGAGAACAUCUUGACCGUGCCGAAGGUGGACCGCAGGAUGAACGCCACCUUUGUGUGCGAAGCGUCCAACCGCCUGGGAGUGGGGAGGCAGCGGGUCACGCCCGUGAUCAGAGACAAGCCGCUGCCGCACCAGGCUCCGGUGACCGGUGGCAUCGUUGGGGGGAUCUUCGGCAUCGUCCUGCUGCUGCUCGCUGUUGGCGCCGUGCUCUGGGUUCUCUGGAGUCGUCAGAUAAAUGCGAGCACCCAGACCGACUGUCUGGGGGAAACGUGGUCCUCGUUCGACCUUUGAGUCGACUCGUCCGCUCAGGCCGUGUUUCGUGCUUCUCGGACAGCGCCUGGGUCUCCGGCAGAACCACGAGUCGGCGGGGAGCCCCAAACAAAAGCCCCUCCCCCAAGAAGCCCGGAGACUCCGGCGGCAGGUAAUGGCAGAGUUGCAAUAAUUCGAUGGAAACGUGUCCGUUUGUGUCCCCAAGACGAGUCGCUUUCCCGCCCAGGUGAGCGGUACCAUCAACUGGGGGAUCUUUGGCAUCUGCUUACCACGCUGGUUGCCAUGCCUCCCGAAAACAACGAGUUAAGGGUAAACGAGCACCUAGUUUCCACGACUCCCCCACUUAAUGCUGUGCUUUGACAGGGUGAAGGCGGUUGUCCCCCCGGAGCGAGAGACGGAAAAAGACGAGCGACCAGAGUUGAGAAGCUGGAGUGGCUGCCCUCUGCUCCCAUUGCCCUUCUUCUCCCCGGCGCCCUUGUUCCAGCUGAAAGAAUAAAUUCUUGAAGAACAACUGAGUUCAGAGGUCGUGGCUCCGUGUCCUUCUGCGAGGAGAACCGGGCAGCCGCCCAUCCCGCCCCUGUCCUUCGUUCAACUUUUAUUGUCUCGCUGGUGCUCGACGGUCCCGUGCACGAAAAGUAAAGCUCGGAGGUUCUCGGUUCUGGCUCCGUUGUGGUGGAACGACC